CUGUAUUUUAUUCAUAACAUCACAGUUGACUACUGCAAAGUGGAUCCAACAAUUGAGCAACGAAUUUUGUCCAUCGAUUUGGAUGGUGAUGAUUUUCGUGAACUUGAAGAAAUUGUUAUCGAAGGUAAAACCAAUCAAAUAUGGUUGAUGGCAAAAAAAUAUUCCGAUGAUGAACGGCUAUGUACAUUUAUAAAAAAUUUCCGUAAUUUACAGGAUGGCCGUACAGCAGUUCAUAUUGCAGCUGUUCAACAAAACGCCAUCUAUGAUACGCUGAUGGAGUACGGUGCUGACGUUAAUCUACCUGAUGAAGUUGAUAUAGAAGGUGUAACAGCAGCUCAGUAUCGAAAAAAUGCUGAAGAGUAUAUACGGCCAUCAUCAGCAAUGUCAUCGCCAUCAUCACUUGUUAACGUCUUGAAAUGUCAACAAAUUUCGAUUUCAGAAGCACCGAAAGAAGCUGAAGUUGAGCAGUGGUUAGCAGCCGGUAAUGUACAAAAACUAGAGCAACUAUUACUAGACGGCAGAUUUCAUAUGCUCCUCGACAAAACCUCAGUUAAUCCGCAAGCAAAUGAAUUUCUGAAAGGCGCUUCGCAGUAUCAGGCGAAAAUAGAUGCAAUACAUAAGGCAGUCGACGAUGGCGAUAUGCGUCGGGUUAAAUCGCUGAUUGAUCGAGAACAGUUAUCUGUAGCCAGAGAUAGAUACGGCAUGACACCAUUACACAAGGCAAUUCUUCAUGAGCAGACAAACGUUGUUCGCUAUCUGCUAGCCAAAUAUCCGUCCUGUGUCAAUGCUACUGAUCAUAAUGGACGAACAGCGUUGCAUUAUGCAGCUUCCGCUGAUCCCAGCAGUGAGAUAAUUAUUAAAAUGCUUCAGAAAGCUGGAGGAGAUGCAUUUAUUGAAGAUAAACGUGGACAUACACCAUUCUAUUAUCGAAAUCAUGAUCGACGUCUUAACAUAAAAACAUUUAAAGAACACGCACUUAUGAAUCAAUUGCUUUCUGGGGAGUUGAGUCGUUUCCUCCUUCAAGAUUUGGAAGAAGACAUUCAUGACUGGAUACAUUCUGGUAACAUUGGAAAAUUGGAAGAAUUGGUACUGACUGGUUACGGUGAUCUGUUGCUUGGUCAAGCACAUGAAGCUGACGAUCAAGAUGUUAUAACAUUUUUAGAAGUUCUACCACAAUAUCAGGCAAAAAUUCGUGCAAUUCAUAAAGCUGUUGAAAGUAAUAAUCUCAAAGCGUUAAAGUUAUUGGUGGACAGAAAAAAGAUGGCUUUAUGCCGUGAUGAAAAAGGUUUAACACCGUUACAUAAAGCAGUGAUUUUCAAACGGAACGAUUGUGCCAAAUUUUUGAUUCAUAAUUAUCCGCAAACAGUAAAUGCAUUGGAUCAGAAGAAAAGAACUCCGUUGCAUUAUGCUGCAGCAUUACGAGAUGGUGGACAUCUGUAUCAAACACUACGAAAAGCCGGCGCUGAUGCGAACAGUUACGACUGUGUAUGCAGUUGUUGA